UCUAUAUAUUUUUAUCUCAAGCUGUGCCUCAAUACCUCUACCUUGUUCCUCUCUCCUUCAUUAAACCUUAAACCAUUCGUACAAUCUCCAGCAAGUAUUCAUUAAUGGCUUUAAGAGUUGAAGCAAAAAUCAUCAUCAUCACCUUGGUGAUGAUUCUACAAACUAUCGAUUUUCUGGUAAUGUCGCGGACGCUUCAAGACACUCUCAUAGUCGAGAAACAUCAACAAUGGGUGGAAAAACAUGGACGUGUUUAUAAGGACAAUGCGGAAAAAGAAAUGCGUUUUAAGAUAUUUCAGGACAACAUCAAAUAUAUUGAGAAUUCCAAAAUUGCCAGAAAUCAGAGUUAUCAAUUAAGUCUUAAUAAAUUUGCAGAUAUGACUAAUGAAGAAUUUUUAGCUUAUUAUACAGGAUUCAAUAUGCCCACAAGGUCUGCAUCAACCACAUUCAAAUACGAUAAUCUAGCUGACGUCCCACUCAGUGUCAACUGGGUUGAGAAAGGAGCUGUUACUGGAGUCAAGAAUCAAAAGCAUUGUGGAUCUUGUUGGGCAUUUUCAGCAGUGGCAGCAAUUGAAAGUAUCAACCAGAUCAAAAGCGGUAAAUUGGUAUCAUUAUCCGAGCAACAACUGAUAGAUUGUGUAUCGAAAAACCAUGGAUGCUCUGGUGGUUGGACGGAUUACGCAUUCGAGUACGUGAAAAAUAACGGAAUCACCACCGAAGAAAAUUACGAAUACACAGAAAGCGACAACGGAGUUUGCAACACAGAAACUCCCGUCGUGGAGAUCAUUAAUUAUGAAGAUGUACCAAAAAAUGAUGAGAAAGCAUUACAACAAGCUGUUGCAAAUCAGCCUGUCUCAGUUGGCAUUGAUGCCUACGGAAGUGAUUUUCAGUUUUAUUCAGGUGGGAUUUUUACUGGAAGCUGUGGAAAUUCACUGACUCAUGCAGUAACAAUAGUUGGUUAUGGGAGUGAAAAUGGAAUGGAUUACUGGUUGGUUAAGAAUUCAUGGGGUGAAAAUUGGGGUGAUGCUGGCUACAUGAAAAUUCAAAGAAAUGCUGGUGUGGAAGGAGGACUCUGUGGGAUUGCAAUGGCAGCUUCUUACCCAGUUGCUUAAUUAAACUUAUAUUAUAUAUCUAUAUAUAUCUACUUGUGUUUCUUUCAAUAAAUUCUCUAUAUGUGUCUGUGUGUUUUGGCCCAUUUUUUGUUGUGAAAUUGCCAGUUUUUUUAGCUGGUAAUUUUGUUGUAAUUUUACGUCAAUGUAACUGAGGAUGAUUACGUAUUAA